AUGUAUACGGAUACGGAAGGGUUUUCGCUUAUGCGGCAGCGGCCGGAUUUCCUCGAGUGGGAGCUCUUCGUGCGUUACCGCGCCCACCACCAGCAGCGCCGCGAGUUGGCGCUUCAAUACGGAUUGGAACCGCUGGCGAACGAAACCGCGUCGGAGCGCGACACCCGGCGGUUGAAGUUGGAUGAAUUGUGCGAAAAAACCCCUUUUGAUCCCUCGCGAAUUCCCCUUCGCGGGGAUGAGAUGGAGGUGGAUGGAGAGACGCUGCGGGGGUGGUUUGGCGUCUACCUCCUCCCCUCGCCGACGGUGGUGGCGUCGGUGGUGGGGGGCCGCGGCGGGAUGGGGCUGGCACUCCAGCACGCCAGCGAUGAACUCGGCACCGUGGAUACGCGGGAGCACGUGAUGAGUGGGCGGUAUUUUAAUCAACUUUUGCUCGAUGACGCGUAUUGCUAUCGAAUCUCACGCGGGUUCACCCGGGAGGUGGUCGGGGCCGCGAAGGAGCUCGAAUUGAAACACGAGCAACCCCCCGAGGUCCUCCAACAGUUCAGCCUCGACGAGCAAAGGAUGUACCACGAGUACGUCCAGCACGCGAAUGACGCGCACCUCGCGAAAUGGGAGGCAAUGCGGCAGCAACGUCGAUAUUACGCCCCCUUGCAGGAAUACGCGAAGGUCCUCACGGAGGGCAACGCGGUCGCCGUGGUGGACGUGCAGGACGAACGAACCGGCACCCUCCUCACCAUCGCCGUCGAGCCCUUCGCGAAGCAGCUGGAAAGGGUGUGGGGGGAAUCCGACGUGGAGGCCCGCGCGUCGACCCCGAGCCCGACGGCGGAGGGAUCCGUGAAGGAUUUCAUCGAGGUGGAUGGGGUGAACUACGCGAUCCUGCCCUGGACGCGACGCCGCGUCGUGCCGCUGACGAUCGAACUCGAAUCCGGCAAACACCUGGAGACGACCGAUGAGGUCUUUGAAACCUUCCCGUUAGAGGUGGACGCGAAUAGCGAGUACAACCACGCCUUGGAUUACGGCAUCGCGUCGUAUUCGUACAAUCGUGGGAAUUACAUCGAAACGCAGGAUGUGUUGUGGGAGCAGGCGACGGCGGAAGGGGUGGAGGGGUGGUCGCCCGCCACCCACGCAGAUGGGCUGCGGAUCGGCCUCCCCGUCCGCGCGCGGCGGUCGAUUGCGGGCUCCUCCACCUCCACCUCCACCUCCACCCCAUUCUUUUCGCCCACGUUUUCCGGGCGAAAUCCCGUCCGAGGGGAUUACCAGCGCGGGCGAAUCGUGGAGUAUCUGAAGCAGCCCUUUUUCAACCCGGAGCCGCGCCUCGUAACGGUUUGCUUCGCCGCCGACGGGGCGGUCGAGGAGGUGCCGUUGUCGGACGUGAUGAUCUGGCAAAGGCGCUACCACGGCCCGGAGCGCACCGUCGCGGAUGAGUCCAGCCGAUACAACCUCGCAGCUGGGAAUCGCUUCAUCGACGUCGCGGACCCCCACCGCGAGAAAUCCCGCCCAGAGACUUCCGACGGCGCCGCGACGGAGCAUUUUCUGGAAAAAUACCUCCCCCCCCUCGCGGGCGACGCCGGGUAUCGCACGACGAAGCAGGUUACGGAGAUCGACACGUGGGAUCGGUUUGAUACGCGGCGGCCGGAGAAUUUCCGCCCGCUGGGGAUUUCCCACCGGCGGGAUUACGUUCGGUUGGGUUACUUCCCGCGUUUCACCCCAUGGGAGUGGAUUGCGGUGCAGGAAGGGGAUCAGCCGAUCCUGCACGACAGCCUCCGUCAGGAUAACCUCGGCGCCAGCUACUUCUUCGCGUUGAAUCGCCAUUGGCGCCACAAGGCGCGCCCGCAUGGGUAUUUGAAACACUUUGACAGCGAGAUUCGCGAUUUAAUCCAGUUCGUCGACGGCGUCACGCCGUGGCGGCAGGCGCAGAAGAUUCGCACCUAUUGGGAGGUCCGGCAGCACCACCCGAUGCCGCAGUUCAACCGCCCGGAGGUCGCACUGCAUCGCAACACCGCGGCGUUGCUCCCCACGCAUCUCUGGGAGACGGAUAAGAAGACAGGGAAGGUUAAGGCGCUCAAGGAUUCCGUGCGGGAUUACCAAACCCCAACACCACUGCCAAAAUGGGUGGAGUUGUAG